AUGCAGGCAAAAGAUUUACAGACUGCAGAUAAAACAGAAACAGAAGCAGAGCAACCACAGAAACAGACAGCAGCAGCCAUACCAGAAGCAGCAGCAGCCCCAGCAACGGCAGCAACGGCAGCGCGCCGUUUCGGUGCAGCGCCAUUGGCAGCAGCGGUGUUUGCGGAGGCGGAGGUGGGUGCAGCAGCAGCAGCAGCAACAGCGGAUGCAGCAGCAGCAGCAGAAUCAGGUCCCGUGGCCCUAGUUGCUGCUCCUCGUGGGUUCUGUGAAGGCGUACGGCGAGCGGUAGGAACAGUAGAAGAGGCCUUGAAGGUGUUUGGGCCUCCGGUGUACGUACACCACCAAAUCGUCCAUAACGAGUUUGUCUGCAAACAGUUGGAGGUCAGCAGAAAAUCGCGCAAUUGUAAUUCACGCAUUGUUUGCAGCGCUGGUGUUUCUUUUGCUGCUAUCGCUGCAACAGGGCCAAGUUCUGUUGGUUUAGAGGUGCGGAAAGCAGCAAAAGAAAGAAAUCUGACGACAAUUGAUGCUACGUGCCCUCUUGUGCAGAAGGUGCAUGUGUACGUACACCAGAAAGCACAAGAGGGAUAUCACAUCAUCGUCAUUGGCCACAAGGAUCACGUUGAGGUGCACGGGGUUUGUGGGGAGGCCCCUGGGAGGGUGCAUGUGGUGGAGAGCAGCGACGAUGCCCAUUUGCUUCCUUUCUCUGCGGAAGAUAAGUUGUUCUAUGUGACACAGACAACGCUGAGUGUAAUGGACUGUUUGCACAUUGAAACAGAGCUUAAAACGAGAUACCCCAACAUCGAAACUAUCAAAUCGGGGUCGGUUUGCUACGCAACUUAUAAUCGUCAAGCUGCAUUAGGCGCCUUAGCAGCGCAUGCACAACUUGCAAUUGUUGUAGGAAGCAGGAGCUCUAGCAACGCCCUCCGACUUGUGGAGAUCGCCAAAAGCAAAGGAAUCCCGGCUUAUCUGGUUGGAGAUGCAGACGAUGUAGACCCUCACUGGCUGGCUGGCGUGAAACGCGUUGUUAUUUCUGCUUCUGCUUCAACUCCCGAAGAAUUAACAAAACAAAUAAUGAACAAAUUAAAAGCAUUUAAUGUUCAGUUGCAAAUCGAAGCCAAUGCAGUCAACGAGAAGAAGCCCGUGUGGAAGCUUCCCAAGUCCGUUCAGGCACUCCAGCUGCCUGUGUGCACGGCCGAUACGCGGAAAUGUGCAGGAGCUCAGCAGCCAAAGGGAUAUAUCAAAAGCUGCUUGAUGCACCAAAUGCUCUGUGCAUGCAUGCGUGCAGUCGCGGAUGCCUGCAUACAUGCAUACAUUUUUACUUCGGAGAGUGACUUCCUCGUCACGCUCGCGUUCAUGAACAGACUGAUCCCACUGAAGCUACUUUCGUAUAAGCAUAUCAAAAUAACCGUACUAGCUGAGACCAAACACCGAGCAAGCGUGAUGCCUAGAUCAGCGACUGCAUCCUCGUACAGCCUGGAAGUGCUAGAUAGUUUCUCAGAGCAACCUGCCAUGGUUUUCUAA